AUGGGCCGCUACCACAUCUGCGUAGCCACCGGGGCCUGGAUCUUCUCCGGGUCGCACAAUCGCGUGCGGCUGUGGCUGGUCGGGGCGCGCGGGGAGGCGGAGCUGGAGCUGCAGCUGCGGCCCGCGCGGGGCGAGGAGGAGGAGUUCGAGCACGACGUCCCCGAGGAGCUGGGGCCGCUGCAGUUCGUGAAGUUGCGCAAACUCCACUCACUGGUGGACGACGCGUGGUUCUGCGACCGCAUCAUGGUGCGGGGCCCCGGAGCCCACGAGACAGCGACCUUCCCGUGCUACCGCUGGGUGCGCGGCGACGGUGUCCUGAGCCUGCCUGAGGGCAGCGCCCGCCUGGCAGUAGACAAUGCCUCGGACAUCUUCCAGAAACAUCGAGACAAGGAACUAGAGGAAAGACAGCAGAUGUACCGGUGGGCCACCUGGAAGGAAGGCCUGCUCCUGACAAUAGCAGCAGACUCGAAGGACGAUCUACCCCCCAAUAUGAGAUUCCACGAGGAUAAGAGGCUGGACUUUGAAUGGACGCUAAAGACAGUGGCUCUGGAGAUGAUCUUCAAACGUGUUUACACUCUCCUGAGCUCCUGGGACCGUCUAGAAGACUUCGAUCAGAUCUUCUGGGGCCAGAAGAGUGCCCUGGCUGAGAAGGUUCGGCAGCGCUGGCAGGACGAUGAGUUUUUUGGCUACCAGUUCCUCAAUGGUGCCAACCCCAUGCUGUUGCGACGCUCCACCUGCCUGCCCUCUAGGCUAAUGCUGCCAUCGGGGAUGGAGGUGCUUCGCGUCCAACUGGAGAAAGAACUCCAGAACGGCUCCCUGUUUGAGGCUGACUUUAGCCUGCUGGAUGGCAUCCCAGCCAAUGUGAUCCGAGGAGAGCAGCAGUACCUGGCUGCCCCCCUCGUCAUGCUGAAGAUGGAACCCGAUGGGAAGCUGCUCCCCAUGGUCAUCCAGAUUCAGCCUCCCAACGCCGGCUCUCCCACCCCAACACUGUUCCUGCCCUCAGAUCCCCCACUUGCCUGGCUCCUGGCCAAGUCCUGGGUCCGAAAUUCAGAUUUCCAGCUGCAUGAGCUCCAGUAUCACUUGCUGAACACUCAUCUGGUGGCUGAGGUCAUCGCUGUCGCCACCAUGAGGUGCCUCCCGGGACUGCAUCCUGUCUUCAAGCUCCUCAUGCCCCAUAUCCGCUACACCAUGGAAAUCAACACCCGGGCCCGGAGCCAACUCAUCUCCGAUGGAGGAAUAUUUGAUCAGGCAGUGAGCACAGGUGGAGGGGGCCAUGUGCAGCUGCUACGCCGGGCAGUGGCUCAGCUGACCUACCACUCCCUCUGCCCUCCGCAUGACCUGGCUGAGCGGGGCCUGCUGGGAAUCCCAAGUGCCCUCUACGCCCACGAUGCUUUACAGCUCUGGGAGAUCAUCACCAGGUACGUGGAGGGCAUCGUCCUCCUCUUCUACCAAAGCGAUGACGUCGUGAGGCGCGACUCAGAGCUGCAGGCCUGGUGUCGGGAGAUCACUGAGGUGGGGCUGCGCAAGGCCCAGAACCGAGGUUUCCCCAUCUCCUUCCAGUCCCAGACUCAACUCUGCCACUUCCUGACCAUGUGUGUCUUCACGUGCACAGUCCAGCAUGGGGCCAUCAACCAGGGCCAGCUGGACUGGUAUGGCUGGGUCCCGAAUGCCCCAUGCACAAUGCGGAUGCCCCCACCUACCACCAAGGACAAUGUGACAAUGGCUACGGUCAUGGGGUCACUACCUGAUGUCCGGCAGUCCUCACUUCAGAUGGCCAUCACGUGGCAUCUGGGUCGCCAGCAGCCAGACAUGGUGCCUCUGGGGCAUCACAAAGAAGAAUAUUUCUCAGAUCCCAAGGCCAAAGCCGUGCUAAGCCAAUUCCAAACAGAUCUGGAAAACUUUGAAAAAGAGAUCACAGCCCGGAACGAGCCCCUUGACCUUCCCUAUGAAUACCUGAAGCCCAGCCGCAUAGAGAACAGCAUCACCAUCUGA